AAAUGAGUCACAACCACUACUCCCACAUCAAUAACAGUUGAAUCAAGAUGGCGGCCGAGGGCGAGUACGAGUCGAUCCUGUGCGUAAAACCCGAUGUCAACGUUUAUCGCAUCCCGCCGCGAGCGUCAAAUCGCGCAUACAGGGCAGCUGACUGGAAGCUGGAUACUCCAGACUGGUCGGGUCGAAUGAGGAUCACAGCCAAGGGACCAGUGGCGUACGUCAAACUGGAGGACAAGGUCUCAGGGGAGCUGUUUGCCCAGGCACCCAUUAAGGAGUAUCCCGGCACUGCCAUGGAGACGGUCAGUGACUCCAGCCGAUACUUCGUUCUGCGGAUACAGGAUGACAACGGUCGCAGCGCUUUUAUAGGAGUCGGCUUCGGGGACCGUGGGGACGCUUUUGAUUUCAACGUGUCUCUGCAGGACCACUUCAAAUGGGUGAAACAGGAGCAUGAAUUCAGUAAAAGUGCCCAGCUCGGGGAUUCGGGACCUAAACUGGACUUGGGCUUCAAAGAGGGACAGACCAUCACACUCAACAUAGGGCAAGGUAAAAAGAGGGAUAAGCCCCGCCCACAAGGCUCAAGUGGGUUUGGACUCCUCCCACCACCACCAGGAGGCAAGAUAGCCCCGCCUCCUCUGUCAGGCUCAUCCAAUCACAACAUAGUCCCCCAGACGGGGGACAUGACAACAGGCUGCCUGUUGGAGCUCGACAGUAGCAACUCGAACACAGUGGUUCAGUCAAACCCUGGUUCAGAUCUUUGGGGAGACUUCUCCGCUCUUUCAAGCUCCAUUCCACCACCGUCACCACCGCAGGACGCCGGACACUGGAUCCAGUUUUGAGUCGCCGGCUGUCGCGUCGGUUGUGAUCUCCAUCUCACCUGCAUCUGUGUCUGUAGCUUCCUGUGCACACACACACACACACACACACACACACACACACACACACACACACACACUGAUCCCAAAGCGUGAAACUCCACAGAGCUGUAGAAACAAUAUUUCAUCCAGAAAGAAUCCCGGGUUUCUUUCGAAUGGGAAAUGACACAUUAAUCAGUUUUAAAGCCAUUACCUGAUAAAAGCCAUUUCCACCCAAAAAAGAUAUUCAAGGGCUAUGUGUGACGUCCUGAGCAGCAGGUUUGUUCCUCUUUAAUGUGGCUGCAUCGCCUCCCCAGUAGAUGCCGCUCUGUUCAGAGCUUUAUGUUUUUUCUAACUGCAACAGCUCCCCCUGCAGGAACUGCAGAGUGCUGCAUCUCGACAAAAAGUGUAACCGGCUGUGAAUAAUGUGCAGAGAGCUGCAAAGCUCAGCGGACGUGAAAGGCUACUUUAACUGUAAGACAGUUUCUUUAUUGCUCUUAAAUCUAAUUUAUGUGCAUCAGCCUUAUUAUUUCUAAUGAAUCAUAACUUCCCUGAAUCAUUUUGAAAUGACAGCAGCAGUCUAAGUUAUUUAAGUAUAAAUCAUAAAGAAAGAACAGUUUGAUUUAACACUUAUAAAAUAGUAUUUUUAGACUGAACAGGGGUUUAAUGACUCCCUUCUUCACGGUGAGUGGUGGAGUAUGGCCUUGUCCACAUGUCUCAAAAUGACUAAAAUGAAUGAUGAUGCAAAUGGAUUCAAAGAUGCAACUUCAACAUGUUUAGAUUAGCUGCAUUAUGGGAUAUGAAAUUGAUUUCAAAUGAAUGCAGACGCGCCUACACCAUGCCUUCUAUCAGGAACCAGAAAUGAUCCAUUGCACAGUAUUGUUUUUAAGUUAUGUUCAUAGAAAUGUAUAUAUACGGGCACAUUCAUGUCUGCCGUAUUAAAUCUAUAAAUUUAAUAUUUACAAUGUGAAAUCAUAUUUGUGUUUACUACUGGGUGGCAUCAGUUGUCAUCAUUAAUGUCAAUAAUUUGCAUUUUUACAUACUUUCACUGCAUUUUUUACAAAGAAGAAUAAGCUAAGAAUUAAACAUUAUGCCCAGUUUAGCGACGGAUGCUCGUCUGCUGGCAGUUAAUUAAAUCUACUUAAAUACCAAUCAAAUUUCUUUCACCUCAUUCUAAUAAACGUGCCCUUUUAAAAUAAUGAAAAUCCAGUUGGAUAUAAUAAAUGAGGUAAAACAGAGCAGGAAUGUCGGACUAGUCGUCACAAAGUCAUAUUGAGCCUUGAAGACCAGUUCUCCUUUCUGAUAUCAGAGGAAAGAUGUGAUGUGGAGAUGCGUUACAGCUCCACUUUUUGCAUUAAAUAUGUAAUUUUGUCCACCAGAUUUACAUCUUUCUGUUAAAGAGAGAGUGGAAGUGGAGUGUGAUUGAGUGCACAUUCAUUUAACCGCUUUUUCUUGUUUGUGAAAUGACCAUGAAGCUUUUUUUAGUUUUGUUUUUAAUGGCAAAAUGUUGAGGCAGCCUUCAGCACUAAAUACUGAAUGUUUCAUGGAAGGAAGGACAGAUCUGGAUGAACGGUUCAGGAGUUGAACAAGUAAAUCGUGUUCAACACGAGUCUGAAACAGCAGAUUUAGACAAUCUGAGGAAAAUAUUUGGAAUUAAAGGAGUAGUUUGACAUUUUGGGGAAUACUUUUGCUUUUUUCUUUUGCUGAGAAAUGGAAGAGAUUAUUGAUAUUAGUCUUUAUGCAUUUAAUGUGAAGCUGGAGCCAGGUAGCGUAGCUUAGCUUAGCAUAAACACUGGAAACGGGGGGAAACGGCUAGCCUGGCUCUGUCCUAAAGGAACAAAACAAAGUCUCACGAAUGAACACGUCGUCAGAAGAGUGGAACUAUUCCUUUAACAUGUUAGACUACUCUCAGUGAAUGGACCGACCUGAUGUGGCUUAUUUCACUGAUUGUGAAAUUAAAUGGAAAAAUAAGCUCUUUUACUGAAACCAUGUGCACGGUUACAGAUGUGAACACAGCGGUCUCGGGACUCGAGGGCGGGAAAAAUGAAAUGAUUGUCUUUCUUCAUCUGAUGAUGAAUGUCUUAAUGGCAGCAAAUGAUUUGUUAGUAGUUGUGCAGAAAAGGCUUCACAGGACUUUGACGUGUGAAAUGUUACGAGCAUUACUCGCCUGUGAAUUCAUUUAGUUUGUUUUAAGGUGUGCUGUGAUCAGAUCACAGGAGCUGUGUGACUUGGCUGGCAUUGAGAUGAUCGAUGAUGGAUGGUGACAUGUGUGUUGUGUUUACAUCGCUCGCAUCGCUGGCUGAAAUGUAUAAAAAGAAAUGUCUCCCAUUUCUCACUCAUUCCACUCUGGCUGUAAAAUCACUGGACUAACACUUUUGAUUUAUGACCAAUUUAAUGAGAAAGAGGCAAUAAAUCCUUUCAAAGGA